AGAAUUAGCACGCGACGCGGCGUUGGAGGAGGCUGAGCUGGCCAAGGUUAGGUUUACUGAGGCCCUUCGCGAUCACGAGGCCAAACAGAGAGAGGUCUUGAAAAAAGCGCUUAACCAAUCAGACACGCGUUUGGAGGUCAUCAAGGCUGCACUCUUAUUGGCUGAGAAAAACGCAGCCGAGGCUAGUGCUAAGAUUGACCACUUGGAAGAAAAAUUAGCUGAAAUAACAAUGAAACUGCACAAAGUGGAAGAGGAGAACAAAGUUCUCAAGGGAGUCAAUGCCAAACUUGAAGAAGAGUCAAAGGAACGGGUUGCAGCCGCAAGCUUAAAAUCAAAUCAGGCCCUUAAUAAAUUGGCGCAUUUUCAAGAACAGGCUUCUAUUGAUGAAGAUGAACUAAAAGCCACCAUCCAGUUGCUCAAGUCGCAGUUACGCGAUGCCUUGGAGCGAGCAGAGAAGGCAGAGACGGCAGCUCUCAUCGCUAAUGAGGCUCAAGUCCGUCUACUUUCGCAAACCACCUCUCUUGAACAGAAGCUCCGAAUAACUGAAAGAGAUUUGGCCAGUGCUACUCAGCAACACGAAAGUGAAAUGAAUAAUGCGAUCAAUUUGGCACAGAAUAGAGAAACAGAGCUAAAGGCGACCAUUGAUGACAUACGUCAAGCACAUGAGAUGCAAAUAGAAAAAGCGACGGGACUCCUCAAUCAGUACAGAAGCCUUUUUCAGAGGAUGCGGGAAGAGUGCCAGCACAACGUUGAGGUUUUCGAUUCAACUCUGACACAACUUGACAAAAGACACCAACUCCUGCAAACUGAAGCGAAAAUAGCACGGGAAGCAGCCGCAGUCAACGAGGCGGAACGUGACCGCCUUCACAAGGAGACUGCGGAGCACCUCCUGCAAACAGACCAGUUAGCAAAACGCGUCGCUUUGCUAGAACAUUCUGUUUCAACUAAAAACAACCAAGUGUGCAACUUUCGAAUUUUCCCUAGAACCAAAUAG